UUCUGACAGUUACUUACCAAAAAGUUUGAAAUGUAUACGAACGAAAACGGUAACAAGCCAACGGAUCCAAAACAAUCGAAUGCUUAUAAAAAUAUAGGUGGAAAUUAGUGAUAUUCCGUAAAGAAAUUAGUGCACAAUGUCUACAAGGUCUGGGAGACGUAUACACGGCUUAGCUCCCGAGUCCGAGGUGCAGGCUGAAGCUGAGCCGAUUGCUAAAAGUGUUAAAAAGACCCGUAGCAAACGUUUGAAAAACAAUAUCGAGGUUUUGGAGAUGACUGUGUCCAAGUCUAAAAAACGCAAUAACUAUGUUAGUUAUCCUUCCGACGAGGACUCUCAGGCCGGGACCGAGCUUUAUAAAGACAACCAAAAUGAGCCCGUUCGUGGUUUGCGAAAAAAUGCCUUGAAGGAGCAGAAUUUAAAUAUUACUAGUACAGAAACUGUUGAUGUUGUUGACAAUCACAAACCAAUGCGACUGACGCGCAGGACUAAGAGAUUUGUGGAAGAUGAGCCAGAUCAGAAUGCUGAGAAGGAAGCUCCUGUCACUGAUACACAUGAAGAAAAAAAGGUUAAGAGAAAUAAGAAAAAGAAAUUCAAACAAAAAGCGAUUAAUGAGAAUAAUGUUCAAGUUUCAAAGAAGUCUAAGAGAAAGAAGAAAUCUGAUGGGGAAGUUAAGAAUAGUACUCCAAAUAUAUCUAUUGAUUCAUUCCACAGUGCUGCAGGCAGCCCUGUGCAUGAUGCAGUUGUCAGCAUCUUGAAUACUACAUUUGAGAAAUCAUCUGAGAAAAAGCAAAAUAAUGGCACAAUUGUUCCCAUUCGAAUGAGUGAUAGGAAGAGGCAAAGUGUAACUCAAAUUGACAUCACUUCAAAUCUUAAUGUAUCAAUUCCAAAGGUAAAUACUCCAAAUAAAAGAGUUUCAAGACAGAACAGCACUUUUGAAAUAACUGAUGUUGAAACUGUGCCUACAAAGUCGAACCAUGCAAAUAAUAGAGUAACUCGAAGAAGCAGUACUUUUGACAUGACCGAAGUGGAAUCUGUGACAAACAGCACAUUUGAUGAAGAAAAACGCGGUUCUAGCAUCAGGAAUGAGACAUUUAAUGCUGGGAGUUCUAUAACAAAACAUUCUAAUGCAAACUCAACUUUUGACAAGAAUAAAUCUGGCACUCCUAACAAAUUGAAUACAACUUUUGAUAAGGAAAGCCAAAGGAAGUCUCUACAUCGAAAUUCCAUAGCACCAGAAACACCCAUGAAUGGUACAUAUGACAAAGAUGAGCAAAAGUCCGAUAUAUUAAAUUCAACUUUUGACAAGGAUACAAAGUUAAACACCACAUUUGACAAAGAAAAAGACAAAUCACACUCAACCAAAUCCUCUUUGGUCACUUCCGAUGACACCGGUAAUUUGACAUUUGACAAGUCUGACGAAAGAAUAAGCAUAACUAGUGAUGACUCGAGGAUAGAGAAUACUACGCCAGUGCUUAUUGAGAGUAGUUUGGACGAAUCUCGAAUAAAUACUUCAGGAAAUAAGAAACAAAGCCCAAAAGUGCCUAUUCCGACACCAUUGAAAAGAGAAGGCACAUUUACCAAAGAUUGUCCCGAAGUUGAAUCGAAAACUUCUAUUGAAAGUGAGUUAAGAACUCCAACGAAACGUGCGUCAAUUGCGACACCUGGGUCUACUCCUUUUCCGUUUCUGAAGAAUGGCCAGAAAGAGAAAGCAAUGUUGAAUAUAACUCGGUCUAUCGAGAAGUCUCGCCGGUCGCUGUCUGUGGACAUUGACCCGGCUCCGAGGCUGACCCGUGUGAUGUUCUGCAGUCCGGUCAAUAACCCAGUGGUAGUGGCACAGCAGAAGAGGAAGGUCAUAAAGUCGAAUUUGAAAGGGUCCAACAAGAGCUUUGUGUUCGAAGAAACUGUUGCAGCGUCCCCGGAGCGGGGCGCGGGGCGCAAGCGGUCCUACACACAGAGCGACGCGGAGCGCCCGCUGCCGCCCGCCGACCGCCCGCCCAGGCCCAGGCCCAGGCCCAGGCCCAGGCCCAGGGCUUCCGCUACGAAACCCAACGAACCAACAACGCCACCCAAGCGCAUCCCCACGCCGUCGAAGUCCAAAUCAGAAUCCAAAGUAUCCCGCACCAAGCUGCCGAACUUCGCAGCCCUUCACCAGCGAAGGUUCCAGAAGAUGGAGUCCCUAGACGAGUGCCAGGAGAGGAAGGCCAAGCGAGCCAAGCAGCUGCUAACGCCCAGCGCAACUCUUGCGGUGUUGGAGAGAAGCAGUCCCAGAGGGAUAGAUCAACAUCAAGGGAUAGAGGAGGAUGUGAACAAACCUGAUGGAAAGCCAGAAAAGAGGUGGGAGCCUAAAAAAAUCGAAGCAAAAAUCAUCAGGCCGAAAACAGCAGACAGGAAACUUGAAGUGAAAAACAAGGAAGAGAAGAAAGAAACGAAGAAUUCAGAAGUUGCCAAGUCCGAUGCUACCAAAAGUUUACCCACGUUGGAUACUCUGAAGAGGGGGUAUACUCGGUUCGGGUUUAAAAUGAACAUCGGCGUAAAUCCGUUUAGCAUUCCUAAAACGGAUUCCAAGGUUAAGGAGACGAAUCCGUUCAGCGUCCCAAAGACUGAUGCGAAGGUGAAAGAGUCUAAGAACGGAUUAACGAGACGGGUAACCCAGCCAUCUCUGACGGGCGCGACCCUCAACCGCAAGGAGGCCGCCAGGCAGCUGGUGAUGCGGGAGAAGUCCUUCACCCAGGAGCGGAGGGACCUGAAGAGGAACGAGUCCCGCACUGUCAUAAAAGGGGUUCGCACCAACAGAAGAUUCGAACUCCAAAUGCAGAUGAGGAAUAUCAAUUAAGUUUUAAAUUAUAUACCAGGUUCUGUCUACCCCGUAAGCAAUACGGACGUGACACGAGUUGGUUUGAAGUUGAAGACCAAUCAUGUAUGUAGACGUAUAUUAUUUGAAUGGAAGCGGCUUUAAGCAUUUUUCAGUUACCUUAAUUAUUUUUAUGUUAAUUAAUCCGUGCUAAUACUCGCCCCGGCUUCGCUCAAGUAAAACCAUAAAAAAAUUACACACCUAGACAUUCAGGAAUCAUACUGUCGAUUGGUGGCCGUACAAAAAUCCGUGUGGUAGUUUCUGAUUAUAUCGCGAUCAUACAGACAGACGCGUCGGGGACCUUCUAUUUAUAAUACGUAAGGAUUAUAAAUGUGGAAAAUUGUUUGUCCUUCUGUCACGUCGUCAUUUUUGGUGUGGAGACAGUGCGAGAGCUAGAUAGUGGUAUUAUGCUACUUUUUGUCGCGAGCGAAAUCGCGGGCAGCAGGUAAUUACACAAUGAAUAACGUACUAACAAAUGUUCAUUACAAUAUAUGUUUUUUUUUAACCAGUAGUUUUCCCGCGCAGAUUGUAAAAGUAAAUCAAGGGAGAGGUCUAUUCUAUUUUCCUAUUUAUCUGUUCUGUUAUACACGCUAAAGUUCUGAAGAGGACAGAUUGUUUUUUACAAAAAAUGUACUGAACAGAUUUUGAUGAAAUUUUAUACGCAGGUGUGGUAAUUGUUACCGCCUGCUAACAUAACACGGGGAUAACAAAUAGGACUUUUAAAUGAAACUUCUGGUAGUUUAGUAAACUUUGGUGUAUAGUAUACAUUGAAGAAUAAAAAAUGUUACUUUUGGUCUUACACAUGUUAAUUAAUUGCAAUACAGAUGACGAAUAUAAAUAUAUGCAAUUUUUCCAAUGUUUAGAACUGUAGUAUAUUAGUUUAAAAUAAGGACUAGUUAUUUAGUAUCGUGGUUAUUCUAAAAUGACCGUAUUUUUAUAGCAAGUUAUUUUUCUAACGAAUUAACGUUAAUUUUAGUAGAUAUUCCAGGAGUUGGUAACACCAGUAUUAACUAUAACCAUUUUGUUUAUGGCAAGUUGUUUUUGUGCCAUUUUUAUUAAGUUAAUAUGUAAUCAUGUACUUUUUUGUAAGUUUAGAUUAAUAUUGUAUUUUUGGGCAAUUUUUUUUGUCGACUGUACACGGUGGUCGAAAUGUGAAGUAAACGUUACAGAAAUAGGUUAUGUUUGUAACAAUCUAAAAUAAAAGUUUUGUAUAAAGAUAUGUUAUUAUUGUUGCAAUGCCUUUUACCAAAUAUUUUGUUCAUUAAAAGUCUUGGUCAUUUUCUCCGCCGUUCAUUAAAAAAUGAGCUUUAUGGGGUCCUCUGUAGACAUAAUUUACAUUAACAAAUAAUUAUCGAAAUGCUCGCUGUCACCUCUCGCCUUGUCAAUGUAAAUUAUGUCUACACUGUACGCUUUAAAGCUUACUUUUCAAUGAACUUUUUCUCGCCGGGUGUAAAUGUUAUAGAUAGACGAUUCAAACACCGUUGAAUUAAAUUACGUUCAUUGAAAUAUGAGCUUUAUAGCGUCCUCUGAAGACUUAUUUUAUAUUGAUGACAAUAUUUUCUGAAAAACUUUUAUUCUGUUGUAAUAUAUUUCACGACCUCAGUGGCGCAGUGGUAAAGUUCUUGCCUCUGAACCGAGAGGUCCCGGGUUCGAUCCCCGGUCGGGACAUGAUUUUUCUGAUUGGCUCAGGUCUUGGAUGUUUAUCUAUAUAAUGUAUUUGUUAUAAAAUAUAGUAUCGUCGAGUUAGUAUCCCAUAACACAAGUCCCGAACUUACUUUGGGGCUAGCUCAAUCUGUGUUAUUUGUCCUAAUAUACUUAUUUUUAUUUUAUAUUAUAUAGUUUAUUUUCAGGAUGCAAGUAUUUACGACAUAAUGGGUUAAAAUCUUUUAUUUGACCUUUCAUGUGAAUAUGAUUCUAUUCUAUGUCGUCUAGAGCUGGGCAAAGGUUUCCCGCGUUUGUCAUUGGGGGCUAAAGAUCUAUAUUCUGUUACAUAGGUUUUAUAUAUUUUAUUGUAAUGUACAGUUAAAAGUUACGUGGACCCGUCUCACUCCAUUAGCUCCGCCUUAGAUGAUGACUGAAUUUAAUUUUUCUACAGAUAUUUUCUCAUAGUCUUCGAUUUUCUUUCAGUUAAUAGAGACCGUAGACCCGAGUGUUUGAUAAAACAAUUCAUACCUUAAAGAAAAAUGGCCUUGACUGACGGACAACGAAGUGAUUAUAUGAUUUCCAUUCCAUUUUUUUCGUUUUAGGUAACCUUAAUAAUCAUACCAUCCUCGUCAACAAGUGAUUUUAUUAGUUCAACGAAAGCUUAUUUAUGUAACAUUAAUGUUUGGAAUUGUUUCGUUACGUUAUUGGCCAUUAAAUACACAUGGAUUAUAAAAUAUGGCCGCCCGCAACACCAAUAAACAUUUUCCGCUGGAAUUUGUGCUGUACAGUCAGACACCAGAUCAACCUACACACAUUCGUCUAUUACCGCGGAAUAAAGGUCUACGGUUUGGCAUGCGGUUGAUUGUAUAAAAGUCUUUGUAUUUUAAUAUUUUUACAUCGUGGUUUGAGGUUGUAUUCAAACUAUGAUGUCGAAAUAUUAAAAUAUUCGUAGGUAUGUGUGUAGGUUGAUGUGGUGUCUGACUGUACAACACAAAUUCCAGCGGAAUUGAAUAUAUUAUAUUCAGAAUCUGACAAGCGAAGUUAGAAAAAAGGAGACUGUAUUUUCUUUUGUCAAUACUGAAUUAGAUAUGUUUAGUUUAGUUAGAUAUGUGUGUUCAUAGGGCUACAUUUCUUAGGUUUUAUUUCACUGCAACAUCAAAUCAAAUAUUUUAAACAUAAUUAGUAUUAUUUUCUUCAUGCGAUUCGUUUUCGGGAAACUGUACCUUAUUUACUUGGGUUAAAUGUCAUUCCUACUGCAACGAUUAACCAUUUUUUUGUACAUUUCUACCGCAUCACUUGCACCCCGCAAGACAAUGUGUAUUAAAAAUUGAACUUUAAAUCGUCCGCAGUAGACAUACUUUACAUUGAUAACACAUUAGCGGACUACUCUGAGUCUGCUCUCGUGUUGUCUUUAGAGCUCACUUUUCAGUGAAUGUAAUCUGGCCGCGUGGGAGCGGUGCGGUAGUGUGUAUGAUCUGCAAUAUUACGUAACCUUCUAAAAUUUUGUUUGUUCCCGGUUUCUAGAUGAACCAACAUUUCUAUCUAGUUGCUAAGUUUCUAAUUCGAAUAUUUGGAAGGCCGCCAACGCAGCCAUAUCUCAACGAAACUUCAUGAAAUAGUGCAUACCGGGUACUGAGCCUUCAUAGGUAUUGGCUAAACGGAGAACCUUCAAAGCUUUUUUGUUGUGUUCAACCUUUAGAAGUCAAUAUAUUAUGAUAUUGGUAACUACUAUAACGAUUUUUGCGAGCAGUAGCAUUAGCAUUGUAUGCAAAUUAUAUGAAGUAUGUAUCUGUAUAAGUAGUCACACGUAGCAAAAAACUUGAUAGAUAACAAAUUUCAAUAUGACAGUGACAUCAAUGUGACAGUGACAUUGUUAUUUUAUUACUCAUUUGCAGCUCCUUCAAUUCUUCUCAAUCUAAUUUUGUAUUUUAUGAAGCAAACCUGUUUAGUUUCACAGCUAAUGUUCACUUUAGUGUAAUGGCGAAUACUAGACAGUUUAAUCUAAUUUCAGAGUGCAUACAAAAUGUAAAUCACAGCGUGUUGGGCUCAUAACCUAAUAGCACACUCCGGCAUUUAUGUUAUUGUAUACUUACACAGUUCAUCAUAAAAUGGUAAUCAAAUUUUCAAAAUCAUAAAUUGAUCGAGAAUGUAAAUAAAUCUGGUCAAAAGUCCCUUUUUGAAAAACCUACCUUUUCCAACGGAAUAGUAACACACUAUAUUCGCAAAUAACACCAAAAACUUCGUCAAGAUUAACGCCCUCUGUUGGUCUUAAAGGAGAAGUAAAACACGGGAAUGCUACAAUCAGAUUUAUUAAUGUCUCAACAUAGAAGCACAGUAUGUACGUGAUCACAUCAUAAUCAUACAGGCACACCCGCGCCUCCUCUCCAUGUAACAAACUAUUCAGUAUAUGUAUGACUAAAUAAUAACGUAGUCCUAGUUGGAAAGAGGACAAGGGUGAAAUCACCAACUGCCAGUUUCGAACGAUUACUUUGGGACUCUCGAAUCAUGAAAAAUGUACAAAUACAAACCAUUCAAGAUCUCGUGUUAUUUGUUCUAUGCCAUUUAUAUGUUGCUUGUAUUGAGCAGUUUGAGAGCAUGAAUUUUUUUUGUUAAAAAGAAAAUUUAAAACUUAACAUUCAUUUUGUACAUAUUUCUAAAUUAUAACAUCAAUCUGCACAAUUAUUUUUUUUUUUACAAAUCAUCCGUUCUCACCCUCUUGGAUUUCUGGCCCUCUUUCCGACUAAACCCGGGUAAUACGCAUAUUUUUACCCACAAAAGCGCUUUCAACCGAUUGCUGCGCUGUAACCCGCAUAAUCGUUCGAGAUCCACAAAGGAUGCAGCGUAACAAUGACGGCUUAAAGCGCUUGGUAUAGCUGACAGCUAUGCACGACAGAUCAUGUCCAGUCGACUGCACAUACAAUAAAACACAACAUAAUUAACCACUCACGCCUAGAACUAAAGAUUCUUAUUGUUCCGAAAUGCAAGCUUGACAUUCUAUAAAUUAGCAAAUUUAAAUGUAACUACAAUUCGGAACGAUACAUUUACUCUAAGAAAUACCUAUAAAAUAAAAUCAACCUUAAGUUUUUACAUUAAACAAAAUUCAUUUUGAAUCACAGAUAAAACAAACCGAUAACAAAUGACUACCUACUAAAAUAAUGCGUACCACAAUACGGUCUAUUGUGGUUUCUCUGUUGUGUGCAGUCAACUGUACCAAAACGAUGUAUUACAAGCGAAAGAUUGAGAAAGAUCUUAAAGCGAGUUGUUCGCACAAUCUAACGUUUAUUUUUUAAAGUCUUAUGAUAUAAAUAUAUCCCUUGUGCUCGGAAUACAUUAUCACCUUCCAUUUUGAACAACGUUCAUGAAAACAGCGGCGUAAUCCAAACUGAGCAAUUGAUUUGUUCAAUCGAUGAACUAGUCAUAUUUAUAUUUGGGUCAAGACAAAGAUUAACCUCAUAAUGUUUUCUCUUUCAUCACGACAUAUCGUUGUAUUAAGUUCCUUCAGUACAACGAUAGAACAAAUCAAUUUAAGAGCGUUGCUAGCACAGAAGGCAGGCGUCAUUUUCUUCUAUAGUUUGUAUAUAGCUGGUCCGGCCUCAAGCGCUUGAUAUUAUCUAGGAUUAGAGAUUACCUACGCUCCAUGGAGCGUGACAGCUAUUUUUUUUUGUGUUUUUCUUUUUUACACCUUCCCACCUGCGCUAACAACGUCUAUAAUUAGAAUUAGCCGCAAAUACACUUGUACUGUACUAUUAAACUAUGAAGACACCAUUCUUUAAAUACAUCGUUAGGGAAAAUAAAUAUCUCACUCUCAAUGAAAUGCUUAGCUUUUUCAGUAUACAGAAGUUAUACAAAAUAUCGUUUAUUUUUGAAGAAAUCCAUGAGUCGUUUCGGUAUUUCGUGUUUGUAGAUACUAAUAGUGGUGCUUGAUUUGAUUUUACUGCAAUGAAAUUAGCAAUCAAUAGGACCAAUUUUUAUAUGAAAUUUUGAAAGUUUUUUUUUUUUUCAUUAAAGAUACUCAGUUAUCAAGUAGAAAUUAUGUACUUAUUUUCAUUGCUGCUUCUGAUCUAUUCUUUAAAGACAUAGAGCGCAGUAAAAUAGUUGAAUACAAUAAACGGUCCGGAAAAGCGAUCGAGGUGCCGAAACGACCCAUAGCGAAUUGUCUAUGGCCACUGCUGUUCAUGUUUGUGCCAGUGUUAAUUGACCACGGACCUCGACGGCCUAGAUUUUUUUUUACUGAAAUAGCUAUGUUAAUAAUACUUCUCUAUUCACUAUAUUAAUUUAGUUACACUAGGUACACUACACUUUUGGCAAUUUUACAAAAAAGUUAGAUUUUGUAGCGGCAUUCGAAAUGGUGCAUUACGCCAUUUCCAAGGAGCUUAAACAAUGUAUGGAGGUUGCGCCGUUCAGUGAGCAGCAAAUUUGAAAUAACACCAUAAAUUCUUUCAACAAAUGCACUUAGGCCGUAUAAAGAUAUUUCUUUUAGUUAAGUAGUUUUUCUUCUCGGCAAUUUGUCCACAAGUUCAAGCUCCUUGGCCAUUUCGAAAGUGCGUGAAUGUCAUGCUUGUAAGGCUGCAUUCGCAGUUUGCAGAUAUGUCGCUUUUCUUUUAACAAAUCGUUUGCUAGUGCUUAAAAUAUUAUGAUAAUAAAAAAUAAAUUCUAGGAUUUUUUUUUCUGACUAUGUUACAAGUUUAAAAUUAUAACAAUCGCUGAGGCACCUAAAUAGUUGUAACCUAACUACUUAGCACGAGAAUUCGAAACUGUAUAAUUUAGUGGUCGAACGCGGCGUAUUCACACAAAAGUAAAUUUUUCAUCAACACAAAUAAAAUGUGAAUGUUUCAACACUUAUCAUCUAGAGGGAACAAAUUACAUUAUCUUUACAGUUUUAUUUACACAAGAAUAAUACAAACUUUUACAAUCUCAGCCAAUUCGAGCUCAGCUGAGCUGACCCUGCACUGAGGGUCCACUUUAGGUCAGCAUGAACUGAGGGAAUCAAAGAAUUAGAAUCGAUAUAAUCAUUUUAUAGCUAAUCUUUAAUCUCAAUGAUUAUAACGUUGAUUUUCCAAUAUUCUUAAAAUUUCGAUACCCUGUUUGUGUCGACCUAUACACUGGUAGAGUACUAACGAUUUGUAUUUUUACUAGAAAACAGUACUAUACUCGUAUUUUACCAAUUAUUUGCGUGACUGGAGUCACAGAGAGUAUGGUUUAAUGAUCAAGAAGUGUGUUUGGCCUAAAAUUCAAAAGUCAACGUUGACAAUUAGCACGAUUUGUUUUACAUCAUGAAAAAGGUUUGCCGGUCGAUUUAUUAUUCCGUUCUUUAAAAUGCAAAUCAGUGUAAAACUUAGCAAGCAUACUUAAAAUCACAUCAAGGCACAAUAUACGACCUUCUCCAACAUGAAAUUUUAUACGUUUAUUAUAUAUUCCGUUAUUUUAAUUUAACAAUUUUUAUUUUCAUCCUGCUAUAAUUGAUUAAUUUGAUGGACAGGAUAAACGGGUGCAAACUGAACUCAACAGAUAAAUAAACAUGACUGCAAUUUUCUACGAGAAGGAUUAUUAUCCUUCUCGUCGUACUCAACGUCAGCACGUAUGUGUAUUUUAUUAAAUACACAUACGUGCUGACGUUGAGUAGGUGACACGUGUUGAUGCAACCAGGAGUUAGUGUCACAACUUUGAAUGGGUACGAAUUUCUUUAUUUAGAGGGAUUCAGGAAGCUUGCUUCUCUUAAAUCAUUUUAAAUCUGAUCGUAUGUUUGUGUCUGCUACGUACGCAGCAUCAAAUUACAAAUAUUUUGAUUUUAAAACUUGAUUUUCGUUGUUUAAUGAAUUGAAUAUUCCGAUAUGUUAGCUACACAACUUCACAUCUUACCUAAAAGUUUAAGUACUUCCACCAGUGCAGUGAACCCCUAAAAUAAGCGCGAGCGGGCGCGCAAUCCCUCUUCCCAAACAUUCCAUAUCUUACAAUUCUUACAAGUCAAAAUAAUACUUUAAGAGAGUGCCGUGUACCCAUUGGGCGACAAAUGUCAUAUCCUGCUUUCCUGCUCAGUGAGCGAGAAGCAUGAUGUGCUCUUAAAAUCUUUUUCGUAAAUGUUGCCCAGUGAGUACACGUCUAAGUAGACAUUAAUAAUAGCAGAGCUCACACAUCACACACAUAUUAAUUUUCUGGACCCGUAAAUUAAAAGGAAGGAUCUUAACUUGCGACAGUUUUUACUACACUAUUGUUCAUUUGGUUUCACAGCUUUAAUUUCUACACAUGAUUAGGUAAAA